UGGUGCGCGGCGGCCGGGAAGGCGCCUCCCGCAGUCGCUCGGAACUGCAGAUCCAAGAGCUGCCAGCGCAGGGCCGGCGGUGGGAGCGGAGUGGGUCGGGCGGGGCCGAGCCGGGCCGUGGGCCGUGUGGGGGCCAGGCCGGGCCGGCGGACGGCAGGAUGGGCUGCACCGUGAGCGCCGAGGACAAGGCGGCGGCCGAGCGCUCCAAAAUGAUCGACAAGAACCUGCGGGAGGACGGCGAGAAGGCGGCGCGCGAGGUGAAGUUGCUCCUGUUAGGUGCUGGGGAGUCGGGGAAGAGCACCAUCGUCAAGCAGAUGAAGAUCAUCCAUGAGGCUGGCUACUCAGAGGAGGAAUGUCGGCAGUAUCGAGCAGUUGUCUAUAGCAACACCAUCCAGUCUAUCAUGGCCAUUGUCAAGGCCAUGGGCAACCUGCAGAUUGACUUUGCAGACCCCCAACGUGCGGAUGAUGCCAGACAGCUGUUUGCACUGUCUUGCGCUGCUGAGGAGCAAGGUAUGCUCCCCGAAGACCUGUCUGGUGUCAUCCGGAGGCUCUGGGCUGACCAUGGUGUGCAAGCCUGUUUUGGCCGCUCUCGGGAGUACCAGCUCAAUGACUCGGCUGCCUAUUACCUGAAUGACCUGGAGCGCAUUGCACAGAGUGACUACAUCCCCACGCAGCAGGAUGUGCUGCGGACCCGUGUGAAAACCACGGGCAUCGUGGAAACACAUUUCACCUUCAAGGAAUUACAUUUCAAGAUGUUUGAUGUGGGUGGUCAGCGGUCUGAGCGGAAGAAGUGGAUCCAUUGCUUCGAGGGUGUCACAGCUAUCAUUUUCUGUGUAGCCUUAAGCGCCUAUGACUUGGUGCUGGCUGAGGAUGAGGAGAUGAAUCGCAUGCAUGAGAGCAUGAAGCUGUUUGACAGCAUCUGCAACAAUAAGUGGUUCACAGACACAUCCAUCAUCCUCUUCCUCAAUAAGAAGGACCUGUUUGAGGAGAAAAUCACCCAGAGCCCGCUGACCAUCUGCUUCCCUGAGUACACAGGGGCGAACAAGUAUGACGAGGCAGCCAGCUACAUCCAGAGCAAAUUUGAGGACCUGAAUAAACGCAAAGACACCAAGGAGAUAUACACGCACUUCACGUGUGCCACCGAUACCAAGAACGUGCAGUUUGUGUUUGAUGCUGUCACCGACGUCAUCAUCAAGAACAACCUGAAGGACUGUGGCCUCUUCUGAGGGGCAGCGGGGCCUGGCAGGAUGGGCCACCGCUGACUCUGCCCCCUACUACCCCUGAGGAAGAUAGGGGCAAGAAGACCACGCUCCCUGCCUGUCCCCCCAGCUGCUUCUCCCCUCUUUCCUCUCUCUGUUCUCAGCUUCCCCUGCCCCUUCCCUCAGCUCCAGACUUGGGGGAGGGGUUGCCACAGGCCUCUCUCAGUUUGAAGCCUGCCCUUGUCUGAGGUGCCAGGAGUGGCCAUGGUACCCCCUUUCCUGGGCAUCUGUUCUGGUUUUCUGACUGUUGUCUUGUUCUAGGGGUGGGGGCACAUGCAGAGUCUCCCAAGGCCUGUGUCUGGAGGGGUACCCAUUUCUCCAGCCUGGACCCCUGGCUUUGUCUAACACCAGCCCUGACUACCCAGCCCAAGUCCAAAUGUUUACAGGGAGCCUCCUGCCUACCCUUCCCCUUGCCGCUCGGAGGCCCCAAAGGAAAAAGCACAAGAAAUGUGAGAGACAUCACCAUUCCUGAAGACCACAGUCCACCUGCUUUUUAAAGAUGAUGAUGAUGAUGAUGAUGAUGAAGAAGAAGAAGAAGAAAGUAAAGAAAAAAAAACUGCAAACCUAGAAAACUUUUUAGAGAAAACCUAUUUAAAACUGUCAGAUCCUGACCAGCACCCACCCGAUUCCCCUUUCCAGUGAUUCCGUGCCUUGAGUGUGUCUGCGUGUUUACACCCAUCCCUCUUUGGGCGGCCCCCUGCCCUGCCCUCCACGGAAUUGGGUUCCAAGGGCUGUUCCAGAUAACUGCCAACUUCACUGAGGGCCCUGCCCUGAGGCCCUGGGCCCAGGCUCCAUUAACCUAAAUGUAGCUCCUUAGCGCUAAUCUAGGAACCGCCGCUGCCUGCUGAGGGGCCAGACCCCUCAUGCCCUCGCCCCAGGCCCGGGUCCUCCAGCGUUGAACACUUCCUUGCUUUUUUCACAUGUUUUAUGGAAUUGUUCACAUGGUUUGAAAUAAUAAAAUGUAGAAAGAAAAUA